AUGACCAGGUUUGCUGAAGCAACCAACGAGAUACUUAACCUAAACCCCGAAGUCCACCUCCACGCCUUCAAGAGCGGCCUCCGGCCAGGAAAAUUCCAAGAAUCCAUAGCCAUCGUAAAACCAAAAACCCUGGCCGAGUUCCACGAAAAAGCAACUACUCAGAUUGAGGUGGAAGAAUUUCGGGCACUGCGAAGAGCAGAUAAGCCUAUCCCAAGCAGAGACAAGGAAAGGCGAAACAGACAGUCGAACAGCAGAACGGAUUCGAGAACGUUCAGGCUAACACCCAAAUUCGAUAACUAUACCGCCUUCAAUACAAAAAGGGAUGACAUCAUAAAGGACAUAUUGCACUCAAAACUUAUCAAACCCUCAAACAGAGCCGGUACAUAUCAAGACCAGCGUCAUGUGGACAAAUCAAAGUAUUGUGCCUUCCACCAGAAGUACAGCCACACCACGAAUGACUGCGUAAUAGCCAAGGACGUCCUCGAAAAGCUCGCCCGCCAAGGGCUACUAGAUAAAUACAUUGCCAGCCGAGGAAGGAAGCGAAGCACAGACGAUCUCGGCCAACAAUCCAAACUGACUGACAAUUCCCGAGAUAAAGGGAAAAAGGUAGAUAACGAUAUCAAUCCACCCCGCAGAAUAAUAAACUGUAUUUCUGGUGGUUUAACAGGUGGCGGAUGCACAAACUCGGCACGAAAAAGGUCGUACCGAGCUAUGAUGAUGAUGACAGAAACCACCACGUCCCAACUAGUCGAUAAGGACAAGCCAGAAAUCUCAUUCGUCCAAAAACACUAUAAAUCAAAUGACCGGAACUUAGAUGACCCGGUUGUCAUCACAGCACAAGUCGGGGAGCCAUUAGUAAGUAAGAUCUUAAUGGACCCAGGAAGCAGCGCCGACGUACUUUUCUACUCAACUUUACAAAAGAUGAAACUCAGCGACAAGAAUCUCCCACCCUCUUCCGGAGAACUGGUAGGUUUCUCAGGUGAGCGUGUCUCCAUUCGAGGUUACAUCUGGUUACAAACCACCUUCGGGGAGUACCCCAACAGUAAAACAAUAGAUAUACAAUAUCUUGUGGUAGACUGUAGAAGUCCAUAUAACAUCAUUUUAGGCAGACCAUCUUUGAACGCAUUCAAUGCUAUUGUUUCUACUGUGCAUUUGUGUGUUAAGUUUCUUUCACAGGACAACAAAGUCAUUACCAUCCACGGAGACUAG